AAGUCUGUCGUGCGGCAGGGCGGCAGGAGAACAAGACCUUCCUUGCUCCCUAGAUCGGCCUUGCCCUGGGCAAUUUCAAUCAGUUCGGUGCGACUUUCGCGCGGAGCACACGUGUGAGUACAAGUCACAGUGGAUAAAAUAAAAAAAUGUGAAAUUUCGACACUGGUGAUAGAAGUGUAUAAAGAGCCGCUUCUUCACCCAAUAUUUCCUUUUUGUCUUUUUAGCGGUAGCACCGCAGAAAGAACGAUAUUUGAACGUUGUAACUUACAAGUAACAUUACUGAGAUUUGUUACCUAACUUACCAUAAGGGCCAGUAUGUUCCAAUAGUAUUAAAAUUGUUACAAUAUAAGUAACGUGUCAUUAACUAAAUACAUAUACAUAAACCAAAAUACAAAUUUUAGUAAUUAAAUUUAUUAAAACUCAUCAUUAGAAAACUAUCCUGGCUAUUUGUAACACUAGUUAAAUUAUAUUUACUAAGCAAUAGUUAGUUAAGUUAUAUGACAGAAUAAAUUGGUUAUAUUAAAUUAUGACGAGUGAAGUUAGUCAUAUUUAAUUGUCUUUGAUAGUCUAAAAAUAGCGUGGCAGAGCUAUGCUGCAGCUUAUAAGCGCUAUAUUUUGGUUUAAUUAUUUUUAUUAUGGUUGUAAUUAUUAAUUAAUUAGUUGUUUUAUUGAUAAAUAUGGGUGUCUAUGGGCCACAGUGUCCACUUACCAUCAGGUGGACUGUGCUCAUUUGUCACCCUUAUUCUAUAUAAAAAAGAGCCAACGCUAUAUAUACCGAUUUAUUGAUAUUUCGAUAAAACUGGUGCCAUUCUCAAAUGUGUGUAGAGACAGUUCAGAUAUUGCCCCGAUCGCAGUACUCCAUAGAUUGCCCCUGCGGCCGGCAUGUCAGUAGCCGCCAUGAAGUUUUAGAUAAAGAUGGAGGCCACACUUGGAACAACAGCUUGAGUCAAAUACCUACGUAUCUUUAUCUCACUCUCUGUGGUCUGACUUCUCUUUUUAGUGUGGAACACAAUAUUGCUAUGUUUUUAUUUGAAUCUCCCGGUAAAUUCUUAGAAAUAAUUUCCACACUAACUAAAUCAGAAGUUAAGCUUUGUAAAAUAAUGUACCAACAAAUAAAUAGUUGAUCUACGAUUAGUUACAUUAAAAAUUUCAAAAUUGAAGGUCUCGUAUGCAUUAUUGGGUUCACGAAUCAGUGAAUUACAAUCCCAUUUCCUAAGGAUUCGGUAAUAUGGCAACAUUAGCCCUAUAUGUCAACAUAAAUUAGACAAAUAUGGCGGUUGUUUACUUAGCAGUUCACAGCGUCGUUUGAGAUAUUUAAAGUUAAUUAUUGUUAUAAUUUAAGAAAUGGUGCAAACUUGUGUAGUACGUGGUUGCGACAGUAGUUGGUGUCCAGGAGGUGAUAUAAGAUUUCACACGUAAGUGUUUAAAUAGUGACUGACAUUGAAUACUUGUAAACAUACUUUUUGUAUUUUCACUUAAUUUUUUGCUGAAACGUUUUAUCAGUCUUUUAAACAUAUUAGUAAAUUAUAACUUUGUCAAAAUCAAAUAGUUUUACAUUAAAUUUAAUUAAGUUUGAACAAUUUUAUUGUUUUUGUUUAAAUGAAAUCGCACUGAAGUAGUGUGACCAUAUUGAUGAUGUAUCUGAGACUUUCCGUGUGAUCUUAACUAAUUAUAUGUACAUGUUUCUUAUUAUGUUACCGGAAAUGCAUGAAAUUUAGAAAUUAUGUACACUUCCUAUAUAUUCUAUAUAAUGACGUAUUUCAUAGAUUUCAUAAUAUUAAAUUAAAAAUGAGUAACAAUAUAUUCUUUUGGUAGACAAUUUAUUUUUAUUUAGUUUUUGUUUCUCAUUAUUCUGAUACUUUAAUAACGUUUAUAAUAAUUAUGUAUUUAGAAAUGUAGUAGUUUAGAUGUAUGAUAUAAAGCAACAUUUUUUAAAAUAUGUUAUUAUUUGCAGACAAUAAGUGCAUUACAUGAAGAGUCUAUUGUGCAAAUAGCUGCUCUGGCUGUACCAAGCACUAGUUCUGGCAUUUAUGAAAGUAGUUCUGCACUUAAGGAAACAGAAGUGAAAUGUACUGGCUGUAAUAUUGAAGACCAAACUAGUAAAAAACAAUGUCGAAAAAUUCUUGAAAAUUUGUGCAAUCUUAACAAAUUACCUGUCAGCAGUGAAUACGACGAUCCUACGAAGAUUGAUAGGGGCGUGCAAGUGAAAAUAAAGUGUACU